AGAAGAAAACUGUUUCUUCACUCUUUCGACUUCCGGGAGACUGACUAUUCGCAAAUUGAGGUGAAGUAAAAACCCAGAAGCAGAAGAAAAAACGAAAAGAAAAAAGAAAAAGAAAAAAAGGGAAUCUGCGAUACCCGGUUUGAGGAAUCCAAUUCCGUCGGUGAGAGAAGAAUGACAAUGGACAGCAAAGGCGGAGGAAUAGAGGCGCAACAGUACGUGUGGGGCGGUGCAAUACCGCUUCAGAUUCAUCUCCACGAAUCUGAAGUCACUACCCUUCCUCCCCCUCCGCCUGCUUUGAUAUUGGCUCCUCGUGUGGGGUAUUUGCCUCUGUUAGUGCCACAGAUCAAGCCAUUCUUUAACAGUUCUCUUCCUCCUGGUGUUGACACUGUGUGGUUUGAGUAUAAAGGCUUGCCGCUGAAAUGGUAUAUUCCUACAGGGACACUUUUUGAUCUUCUUUGCUCGGAACCAGAGAGACCUUGGAACUUGACUAUACAUUUUAGAGGAUAUCCAGUAAAUCUAUUGAUCCCUUGCGAAGGAGAAGACAGUGUAAAGUGGAGCUUUAUUAAUGCCCUGAAAGAGGCUGCAUAUAUAAUCAAUGGAAACUGCAAGAACAUUAUGAAUAUGUCUCAGUAUGAUCAAACAGAACUUUGGCGGUCUGUCUUAAAUGGAAGGUUACAGCACUCCAAAAUAAGGGGCAGGUCAUUCUGGUUACAACACUGCCAGCUUGAAGCUUACCUUCGGGUUUAUUCCAAACUUAAACUCGAUAUUGUUGGAGAUGACUUUUCCCUCAAAUUGAACACUUCUCGUCAAAGCAAUGCUGAAACAGAUGCUAUUGGAACAGCGAAAUCCGGUAAAAUUCCUGUUCGAUUAUAUGUGCGGAGCAUCGAUGAAGAUAUCGAUGAAUUAGAAGAUGCCCCUAUUGUUGAUAGCUGGGACAAAAUUUCUUACAUAAAUUGUCCUGUUGAGGUUCGUGGUGAAGGGAAGUCCUUCAGUUUGAAUGAUGCCAUAAAAGCUCUAUUACCCGCGCUGUUUGCAGAGGAAACCUCUGUAGAUGUGGACUCACAAGCAGCGGGAUCUGAAAGUGGAGAAGGAUCAGAUGGAGGCAGCUCAAGAAGCUCCCAGAAAAAUGGGGAAUCAUCAAGUGCACGCACAGGUUUAUUUACAGAUGGUGCAGAGAUCAAGCUAGUCCGCAUUCAGGGGAUCGAGCCGAUGCUGGAUAUUCCGUUUGGCUGGGUGGUGAAAAAUUUGGUGAACCCAGAGCAAUACCUUCAUAUCUGUAUCUAUGUCAAAGCUGUGCAACCAUAGUCCCAUUCACAAUUUGUUAAACUGGAUGUUAUAUUGCACCGCAUCCUAGUAAAUUCUUUAACAUGCAGUGAAUCUAUGUUUCCUUAUAUGUAAAUAUGAAUAAUUUUCUAUGUUGAUCUCCUUCUCCCUUAUUAUAGUUGAACUCAAGUUCUUGAAAA